ACGCUGAUAACUGAUGCGUAGUGUACUAGUGUAGCUUUUCAAACUUUACUUUAAAUUCAUGCGGUCUUUCAAACAAAAAUAAUAUUAAAUAAUUCUUUAAUGUACUUUCAAAUAUUAAGUGAUCUGUAGCGCGCAAAAUGAUUUUUCGUAGAUUAACUGUCUUAGCAACAAGAAUUGAUCAUAAAGUAAACUUCGUAAGGUCAAAUACUACCUGCACAAAAUUGGUAUUCGAAGGAUACGGAGAUCCUCUUAAAGUAUUGAAACUUCAAAAUGAAACUUUACCUCCUGUACAGAAAAAUGAAGUAUUGGUAAAAUUUCACAUUGCGCCGGUUAAUCCAGCCGAUAUCAAUUUAAUUCAAGGUGUGUAUCCAGUUCCGGUGCAGUUUCCUGCCGUUGGUGGAACCGAAGGCGUUGGAGAAAUUUUAGAGGUAGGAGAUGAGGUUGAAGCUCUUCAACCGGGAGAUAAGGUGAUUCCUAACAUUGAAGGUUUUGGUAUAUGGAGGAAUUACGGUGUUUACAAAAGCGAUUUACUUUAUAAAGUGCCGAAACAUGUGAAUAAUAUUGAAUUAGCUGGGAUAGCUUCAAAUCCUUGUACCGCAUACCGAAUGCUGAAAGAUUUUGUGACACUUAACCCUGGCGAUUCUGUGAUACAGAAUGGUGGAAACAGUGCAUGUGGUCAAAAUGUCAUUCAAUUAUGUCGUAUUCUGAACUACACGUCUAUUAGUAUUGUUCGAAAUAGAACGGAAAUAGACGAACUAAAAUCUUACUUGAAAUCAUUAGGAGCAGAUUAUGUUUUCACCGAAGAUGAAAUAAGAAGUGUUACCUUAUUCAAGGAUAAAAAAGUUCCAGAACCAAAAUUGGGAUUGAAUUGCGUCGGAGGACGUAGUGUUCGUGAAAUGGUUCGCCAUAUGAGCAACCAAAGUGUUUUGGUUACUUACGGAGGCAUGUCCCGUGAACCAGUUACCAUUCCUACAUCGUCGUUUAUAUUCAAAAAUAUUUCAUUAAGAGGUUACUGGAUGACUCGGUGGACGAGAGAAAAUAAAGUGUCUCCUGAAAGGCAGAGUAUGUUUGAAGAGCUUGCAAAUUAUAUGCAUACUGGAAAAUUAAAAGCUCCGGUACAUAAAAUUAUACCUCUAAGUAAUUUUAGUGAAGCUAUUAUGAAAUCUUCCACUGUACAAGGUUUUGCCGGUUGUAAGUAUUUACUUGAUCUUCAGAAGUAAAUGUAUUGUUUAAUGUAUUUUAGAUAAAACAAGGAAUUUCGGUGUCUUUGCUCGGUGGGUGAAUUUGAAUUAUAAAUUCGUUGAUAUUCUUACAUUCGUGAAAUUAUGAAGGAAGGUAUUUCAUAUGUUGGCUAUGUCACAUUUUACUUGAUUGCAAAAUUGUCGUUAGUUCGAAGUAUGAAAAUAUUAAAUUCCCUUGUAAUGAAA